AUGGGUUUCUCGCUUUCUCUCUUCAUUUUCAUGGCCUUGCUUUUCUUACUUUCACGGUUACAUCUUAUAGUUGGUCAAUCUUCUCCUUUUACGCAACCCCUGUGCCAUCAUGAUGAGAGCUCUGCCUUGCUGCAAUUCAAGCAAAGCUUUAUCAUCGAUAAAUCUGCAUCAUUGAAAUCGACGUUUUAUAGUUUUUCAUCUGAUUAUACUCAUGAUUGUCAAAAGGUUGGGUCUUGGACAGAAGGAGACAAAAGUGACUGCUGCUCAUGGGAUGGGGUGGAGUGCGACGAGGAUACGGGUCAUGUAAUUGGGCUGGACCUCAGUUUCAGCUGUUUAUAUGGUUCUAUUAACUCCACCAGCAGCCUUUUCCGUCUUGUUCACCUCCAAAGGCUUAACCUUGCCUUCAAUGACUUUAACUACUCUCGUAUUCCACCCCAGGUACGCAAUCUUUCAAGACUAACACAUCUCAGUCUCUCUGCGUCUAACUUUUCUGGUCAAAUUCCGUUAGAAAUUUCACAAUUGUCACACUUGUCAUCCCUCGAAUUGUAUGGCACCCCCACUCUUGGAUAUCCCCAAUUGGAACUCAAAAAUCCUAGCCUAAGAAGCCUAGUCGGAAAUUUGACCCACCUACAAAAGCUUGAUUUGAGUUGGGUGAACAUUAGCUCUACGGUGCCUAAUAUUUUGGCAAAUUUGUCUUCUUUGACAUCCCUCUCUCUUGGUGGAUGUGGUUUGCACGGGGAAUUUCCAAUAGGCAUCUUUAAGCUAUCAAAUUUGCGAGUUCUUUCUGUAAUUGACAAUGAAGGCCUCAUCGGUUAUUUGCCUGACUUUACAUGGAGUGGUCCGCUUGAAGCAUUGAAUCUGGCAGGCACAAGUUUCACUGGUGAGCUACCCGCUUCCAUGGGAAACCUUGGCUUACUCACAGUGUUGCUAUUGUUUGAAUGCAAUUUUUCGGGGUCCAUUCCAUCUUCACUAGGUAACCUUACUAAACUCGUUGACCUUAGCCUUGCAAGAAACUCUUUCGUGGGUAACCUCCCGUCUUCAUUUGGCAACCUCUCUAAACUCAAUCAUCUUGAGCUUUCAAAUAACGCUUUCGUGGGUAACAUCCCGCCUUCACUUGAAAACCUUGUUCAACUCAAUUUUUUAGACAUUUCCUUCAAUAAAUUGACUGGUCCAAUUCCUUCUAAGCUUGUAAACUUGCCACAAUUGAACCUUGUUUAUCUAGAGGACAACCUUUUGAGUGGUGAAUUGCAUUUUGGGCUUAUAAAUCAGACACAAUUGGAAGCCAUUAGCUUGAGCAACAAUGAGUUAAUUGGCCCAGUUACUUUUGGGCCUAUGAACCUCACACAAUUAUUUUUCUUGGACCUUUCAGCCAACAAACUUCAUGGUCAAAUUUCGAACUCGGUCUUCAACUUCAAGAAUCUUCAAGUUCUUUAUCUUUCUGAGAACUACCUUAACGGCGUUGUGGAGUUUGCCGAGUUUGUUAAGCUCAAGCAUUUAAUUGCAUUGGAUAUUUCUGGUAAUCAAUUUUCUUUACUUACUGAAGAAACCAGAGCCAAUGCAACUCUUCAAAAGUUUCAAGUUUUAGGAUUUUCUUCGUGCAACUUGAGCAAAUUUCCAAAUUUUCUUAGAGACCAAGAUGAAUUGGUGUUUUUAAACCUCUCCAACAACAAGAUUCAUGGCCAAGUCCCAGAAUGGAUGUGGAACAAAACCACUGCGAGUCUACAAGUUCUUGAUCUUGAGUCAAACUUGCUCCAAGGAUCACUUCCUAUUCCACCAGUCUCCACUUCGCAUUUCGAUAUUUCAAAUAAUUCAUUGACUGGAAAUGUUCCGAAAUUGUUUUGCACUUUGAUUUUUCUUCAAAAACAAAUUUCAAGGAAGCAUUCCAGAGACUUGGUUAGGAGGAGGCCAAUUGAGGAUAAUAAAUUUCAGUCAAAACAAAUUCCAAGGGCAUUUACCGAGAUUGCUGGCCAAGUGUACAUGGCUCAGGGUCCUUGA